UUGGUUUCACUCCGUGGACGCCGAGGCUCUUGAAGUGCUCGGAUUCUAACUGAGGACUGAGAGCCGCUGCCGGAGACGCCGUGUGACGACUCGCCAGCAUGUUGAGGACGUCGUCGCUGCUCCUGGUCCUCUGCGCCGCCGGGAGCUUGGAUGCCUGGUUGUGGUUCGCGGCUCCGGAGGAGGGCACCACCCGGGCGACGCCGGCGCUGACGACGGCGCCGGGCGUCGCGUCCAACGGCACGCUGACGAAGACAGAAGAAGAAGAAGAAGAGGAGGAUGACAACCUAUCUGGGGUCGGGGAGGAAAUUGUCAACGUGGCGACCGGAAUCCGUAAGUUUGUGGAGGCGUGGGACACGACCCCGACCCCGACCCCGACCGCCUGGACUGCCAACGGAGGCCCGGCGGAGACGGUGGAGAGCGCCCCCAACACCACGGAGGAGGGCGGCGUCUCUCUGCUCCAGCUCAUCGGAGACCCCCCGCCGGACGAGAUCACCCGGUCCUACGGGCCGCGCGGCGAGACCGCCUUCGUCUUCACGUCGGCGGCGGCGUCCGGCCAGCCGGCCCUCGCCCACGUGCCCAACCCGUUCCACCGCAGCUUCUCCCUGCUCUUCCACAUCAAGCCCUCCAGCCCCGCCGCCGCGGUGCUCUUCUCCAUCACCGACGGGCCCCAGAGGAUCAUGUACGUGGGCGUGAAGCUGAGCGCGGUGCGCGCCGGCCGCCAGCGGGUGCAGUUCUUCUACACCGAGCCCGACUCGGAGGCGUCGUACGAGGCGGCCGCCUUCGACGUGCCGAGCCUGGCCCACGCCUGGAGCCGCUUCUCGCUGUCGGUGUUCGAGGAGCAGGUGACCUUCUACCAGGGCUGCGACUCCGAGCCGCAGGUGGUGAAGUUCGAGCGCUCGCCGGAUCCCAUGGAGCUCGACGCCGGGGCCGGGAUCUUCGUGGGGCAGGCGGGAGGAGCCGACGCCGACAAGUUCCAGGGCGAGAUGUCCGAUCUGAGAGUGGUGGGAGACCACCGGGCGGCCGAGCGCUUGUGUGACGACGAGGACGACUCUGACGCCGCUUCUGGAGACUUUGGCAGUGGAGAUGGAGAGCGCAGACACACGGUGAAGUUCCCCCGUCUGUUCCAGACCACGCCCGCUCCCUCGCGGCCGGUACCUGAACCUCCUCUGAUCUCCUCGGCCGGAGCCAGGAACACACAAUCAGGUCGCGGCGGAGCGAACGGUGAGAAAGGCGACCGAGGAGAGAGGGGCUUCGCGGGGGUCUCGGGCCCCAUGGGGCCGAAGGGAGAGUCCGGCUCCGGUUCCUCCUCUCAGGGAGGAGGAGGACAGAAGGGAGAGAACGGGGCCAAAGGGGCCAAAGGGGCCCUCGGCGCCGGAUACGCCGGUAUCAAAGGAGACCCCGGUGCUCAGGGGCCUCCCGGGGCCCCCGGUCCAGCCGGACCCUCAGGGAGCGUGGUGACCCUCAAGGACGGCUCGGUUCUGAACCAGGGACAAGAUGGAGAACCUGGCGACCCGGGAGAGGACGGCAGCGCUGGUCCCGUCGGACCGCCAGGGGUACCGGGGAGUCCGGGAGCGUCUGGAGCCCGGGGCCAGAAGGGUGACCUCGGAGAGGGUCAACCGGGACCCAGAGGCCCCCCGGGACCUCCUGGACCCGGCACCGGGGACCGGCCGACGUUCUUCGACAUGGAGGGGUCGGGGGCCACGGACUCGGGUCGGCAGGGGGGCCGGGGUCUUCCGGGCCUCCCGGGGCCUCCCGGCCCUCCAGGGGUCUCUGUGGCUCUGGGGCCCAACGGAGCGGUGGCCUUCGGACCUCCGGGACUGGAUGGAGUCCCCGGUCUGCCGGGUCCUCCUGGUCCUCCUGGGAGACCCGGAUCCAAAGAGAAGGGAGACGACGGGGAGCUCGGCCUUCCGGGAGCAGCUGGAGAAAAGCGCGCCGAGCAAGAGGCCAACUUAUUCACCCGCCUGUUUUCUUACUUUGCUCCAUCCUCUACGGGUGCUCAGGGUGACCUCGGACUGCCUGGCGCCGUGGGGCAAGGCGGGCUGGCGGGGCUUCCAGGUCCCAUGGGACCAGUCGGACCCUCUGGACCCCCCGGGCCCCCGGGGCCCCCGUCCCGCUUCGGUCACGGGGUCCGGGACGGAUACGAGACCCACGAGGACUCACCUGGACUCGGUGGCCCCCCUGGACCUCAGGGCCCGCCGGGCAUCGGCGGUCUACCUGGUCGGCCGGGUAUGCCGGGGAACCACGGAGACAAAGGAUCACAGGGAUCCACUGGAUCUCCUGGGAUUCCCGGUAUCGACGGGUUCACCGGAAUGCCGGGAACCGCAGGAGCGAGAGGAGAGGCGGGUCUGCCGGGGCGAGACCUAGCUGGACCUCCGGGCACCCCCGGGCCUCCAGGACCAGUCUCCUACCAGACCAGCGAUUAUAAUGACGUGUAUUGGACUGAAGGGUCGCAGGAAGCGGCCGGCGGCGCGGGCCGAGCAGGUUUCCCGGGGCCCUCGGGACCCAAAGGAGACAAGGGAGACACGGGCUCUCCAGGAUAUGCACCGAAAGGGGAGAAAGGAGAACCCGGCCUCAUCCUGGGGCCCGACGGGAGGCCCCAGUACCUCGGGGGUCUGGCGGGGCGGCCGGGCGCCGCCGGCCUCCCCGGCCCCGGGGGCCCCGAGGGCCCCGAGGGCCCCGCGGGUCCGUACGGGCCCUCAGGACCGAAGGGGGAGCUCGGGAUACCGGGCCGACCGGGCCGGCCGGGGCUGAACGGGCCCCGAGGGGAGAAGGGCCAAGGCUCCGGAUACGGAUCCGGUUACGCCGGUGCUCCGGGGCCACCGGGCCCGCCCGGGCCUCCCGGACCUUCAGGACCGUCCCUCCACACCGACGGAGUCAGAGGCUACGAGGACCGCUCCAGGUACCACCCAGCCGUCAAAGGAGAGAAAGGCGACCGCGGACCACCGGGGGCGCUACAGAUCACAGGUGCUGGCUCCACCGUGGACCUCCACACGCUGAGGAAUGAGUUGAAAGGUGAAACGGGCGAACCGGGCUUCAAAGGAGAGAAAGGAGAACCCAGCGGCGGCUACUACGACCCCCGCUACGGGGGCAGCGGGGGGCCCGGAGUCCCCGGAGCUCCCGGCCAGAGAGGAGAGUCCAUCGUGGGCCCACCGGGCCCUCAGGGGCCGACGGGGCAACCAGGAAGAGGCUACGAUGGGCCGGCCGGACACCCGGGGCCGCCCGGACCCCCAGGAGCCUCAGUACAUGGGACACACAGGGGCUCACAGACUAUCAAUAUUCCUGGACCCCCGGGACCCCCUGGAGUGCCCGGACAGCCUGGAUACUCCUCCGGGGUGACGGUGUUGAGGUCUUACGACAUCAUGACGGCCACCGCCAGGAGGCAGCCCGAGGGCGCGCUGGUCUACGUCAUCGAGCAGAUGGACCUCUACAUCCGGGUCCGAGACGGACUUCGUCAAGUCCAGCUCGGGAGCUACAUCGCUUUGCCCGGCGUGGACAGUAAUGAGGUCACGGCCGUGGAGUCGCCGGUCGUCCCCUAUUCCCCGGACCACCACUCCAACACCGCCGCACACGACUCCCAGAGGCCACCGGAGAGUCCGGUCCACCCGGACCCGCAUCACCUGGACCCCAGAUACACAACCCACUCUGACCCCCGAAACCAACCUGACCCAAGAUAUCAGCCGGAUCCGCGGUACCCUCCUCCAACGGAUCCCAGGUUUCCGAGUUACUCGGACCGGAUCAAUCACCCAGACGGGAGGACUCCUGUGAAUCCGUCCCACGAGCGUCCCGCCUCCCCGGAGACUCGUUACGCCGUCACUCCCCAGCGGAGACCGCCUCCUCCUGUGGCCCAGUCUCCAGUCCACCAUCACACCUCAGGUCCAGGGCUCCACCUCAUCGCCCUGAACGGCCCUCAGACCGGCUCCAUGCGGGGCAUCCGCGGCGCCGACUUCCUGUGCUUCACUCAGGCUCAGGCCAUCGGCAUGAAGGGGACCUUCAGGGCCUUCCUGUCCGCCAGGCUGCAGGACCUGCACAGCAUCGUCCGCAAGGCCGACAGGGACCGCAUGCCGAUCGUCAACCUGAAGGACGAGGUUCUGUUCGACAGCUGGGAGGGUGUGUUCAACGGCGGCCGGCUGAAGGACAACGUGCCCAUCUACUCCUUCGACGGCAAAGAUGUCCUCAGCGACGCCACAUGGCCAGAGAAGAUGCUGUGGCACGGGUCGACCGGCGCCGGGCGCGGCCACGGCGGCACGCUGUGCGAGGCGUGGCGCGUGGGCAGCCAGGCGGUCAGCGGCAUGGCGUCGUCGCUGCAGAGCGGCAGCCUGCUGCAGCAGAGCGCCGGCAGCUGCUCCAGCGCCUACGUGGUGCUGUGCAUCGAGAACAGCUACGCCGACCAGGCCAGGAGAUAGACACACACACGCACACACACACACACACGCACACACACACACACACGCACACACACACACACUGCUUUCCUAUUGUAAAUAAGUGUUUUGUCAUGAAGCCCCUCUUAUAUGGUGCUAGACAGGAUCUCCCACUUAUUGGACCUCAGGUGACGCCGGGUUACGCUCGCUCCGGCGGCCAUAUUUGUAGUCUGUGAAUGGUUCAUUUAUUUGUUUGUGACUUGUCGGCUUGCGGUCGCGAUAACGUCGAUUUUAUACAUAUUAAAGUGAGCGUGCCUGGUGCUAAUGAGGCGUUGAGAUUUAGAAACGAGGUCCUGAUGAUUUACAGAACACAGACUGAUUUCUUGGGGACUAUUUUCUUCGUAGAAAGUAGUUCCAACAUCGUUUUUUGGCCCUUUUUCGUGUGUGAAUUGCAUUGAAGUCACAGCCACGUGUCCUUUAAGUAAGUUUAUCUCAGAGAGGGAUUCACCACUGUGACUCGACCAAACAUUAACAUUGACAUCUCUAUAUUUACAUACAGAACGUAUCUGUCGGUGCUGGAGUUGAAAAUGGAGUCCUUCAAAUACUCGGUGCAGUCCAAGAGCAACAUAAACGAGUUUAGAUGAAAUGUUUUCUUUUACUUUCUUUUUUAACACUCUCUGUAACCUUUAGCACUUGCGGGGUUUUUUAAGUCUUGCGGCUGUCUUUUCAAAUCUUAUUUCUCGGCAGUAACAAAUGGAUAUUUAUUUUUUUAUAAAACGCGCUUCUAGUAUAAUGUGAUUAAAACAAUUACAACAUUUUCCAAAUGCAUCCAGCAGACGUGCAACGCCGACACACGGACGCCUCCCGCUGCUCGCCAUGCUUAUCUCCAGGAUUCAGCCGCUACGCGUCUCGCGUCAUGUUUUCAUGUGCCAUCAACAUUUGUAUGUUUUUCUUUUUCUUGUGUGAGCAACAUUUUGAAUAAACCUGAGUGGAAAAGUG